CAGCACAUUUCAACUCGACUCAAGAAUUAAGCCGUAGCCGAUAAUGCUGGAAAAUCAGAUCCAUUUAAGCGGUAAGCCAGGAUGGCGAGAAAGCGACCGUGGAUGGCCGUGUGGUCUUAUUAUUCGGACGCCUGUUAAUUAACCGCGGCCCCUGGCCAGCGUUGCGGUGAGCUGCGGAAAGCUCGGCAGAACGUUCCAUGGAUGGCCCUCGCCUUUCUACCCCUGAAUCCGCCUCUGGACUUGCUGUUUGCGGAGGGACGCAUUACGCUGCGUAUGCAUGCUGCAUUACCCCCUGCCCACCGCAUCGAGGGUUGCUUGGUUUUGACUUUGGAUUUGGGUUGUUUGGACGGUCGAUUGAAGUCUGCUGGUCGUGUGCCACUGCAUUCGCUCAGGAUCUCAAGAUUGGAUUCAAUUUUUGUCAUUCCACGACCAGGGAAAUGAUCAAUUUGAAUUUAUGGAUGGCAUUGACAACGGCACUUGACAACUACUUUCGAGUAGUGUAUUUCACUUUGAGCCGACUAUUAUUAUUGCCCACGGCGUAGGUGGUCGGAUUUUGAACCUACCGAAUAACGGCCGGUUUGUGUCAACACCUGUCUUCAGACCUCAGAUGGGCCAUUCAGCUAAAUUGGUGAAACGUACUGAGGCUUCAGCUAAGGCUUACUCAAGGCUGAG